AUGAAUUCGCCACCAAAACGCCCCCGACGGAGCGAGGGAGCCGUUACCUUGCAGUCUGCAAAGCCUCCUGGAUCACGUUCCGCUCGCCAACCCUCUUUCCAGUCACCAACACGGUCAAGUCUUGCCAAAGCUUACCCAGAUGUCCUCGAACGCGCACUCAGCAGAUCGCCGGGUCAUCGCCCAACGGAGCGAGGAGCUUCAAGCGCAAGCUCAAGUCCAUUGAAAAACCCGUCGCAAUUAUCCGAGGAACGUCCACAUCUGUCUCCCAGUCGAAAGCCCAGUGGUAUCCAAUCGUUUACGAAACCGCCGCGGAGAUUAUCGAACAAAAUUAAACCCGGCGACUUCUUCUUCGGAUCGCCAGCAAGGAGACAAACGCUACCGGCAGAAGAGCCUCUCUCGAACACCCCCGAAGGUCAGUUGGCUCAGGAACUAGGGAGUGCAACUAGAAAUGCGAGUGUUGGAAUGAGUCUCGGUGCCGGACUAGAUGGGUCGAUGGAUGUCGAUUUUGAGGACGAAGACCCAUUGGAACCAGAUCUUCCUCCAACGCCAACCCAACUUGGAUUGGAAAAGGCGCCAGGCCGACCCAGAGGAAUUUUAAGCAGUAGUCCCAGCGCGAGACACGAAAAGCGUAUGAAACGGAGGGCUACAGAAGCCUUGCAGGGAAGCCCAUUGAAAGCCUUAAAAUUUGGGUCGACAGAUGUACCAGAAGAUGCAGACGAUGUACUUUCGGAAUCAGAAGAGCUAUCUGCAGCCAUCCUGGAGAAGCAGCAAUCACGAAAGAGCCUCCGAGCUGAAUUGCAGCAACUCAGGAACGAAGUUGCCGAAUUGACGAAAUGGACGGGGAGGGUUGAGUCGAAUGAGGACUUGGCAACGGAUUCGAAGGAGCUUGACGACUUCCUAGAACUACUGUCAGAAGAAACUUCACAUCUAAAUCGACCUGCCCCCAAGCAAAAUCGGGCAUCAAUGUCAUCGAUUAUCUGCCGACUACUGCCAUUCUCAACCAAUAUUCCUCUACCUUAUCGUGAAGCAUCGCCUCUGCCCACCAACCCAUACGCCCUUGAAGAAACUUCUCGUUCAGCCCCUUACCUGACGGUAUUCGCUCCUCUCGCCCUUCAUACAACCAUCAAUCGCGCGACUACAUCGAAAGCAGCCAUUAUCGAAACCCAUACAUUGACCUUUACCGCACCCCGCCCUUUCCCGCCAACCCUUUAUAAUGUCUCGGUUGUGUAUGAAACAAAUCCCGAGACACAAUGUGUGACAUCAGUGUCAGUCCCAACAGGUAGCAGCAGCAAGAAACGGAGAGUCCCUACGGGACUUCGCCAAUGGAUAGAUUCCCGGCUAGAGAAUCCGCUUUUGAAACUGGAUGUUGCUACUCUCUGCUGGGGUAUAAAUCGAUACUGGGAGGCUUGUGUCGCUCGCGCACAUCUGUGGGUCCAAAUUGAUGAGAAUUUCGGCAGUCAACCGGGGAAAAAACCAUCGAUCGGUUCUCAAGCCGGAGUGAUUUCUCUUGCAGAUGUCCGGCGACUAAUUCCACAUCUUGAACGCAGUACGAUGAUCAUAAAACCGAACCCGCCCAGUACCGCUCCAAGCAUUCUGCUAUCUAACAUAUUGACUAUGGACGACUGGACUGGAGAGCCACGAUUGGACCCUGACCUUGGGGUUUCAUCUUCAGGUGCGAAUGGAGGAUCGGGCAGUAAAGUCAACCAAGAAGCAAAGAAGCUAUUUCAUACCAUGUUGCACGCAAACGAUCUCACCUCGACCUCGAAAAUUGCAGGGGAGGUCAAUCUUGUUGCCAUUUCCCGCACCACGAAAGCUACAUUGGACGCAUUACAAACACGGGCUUGA